GUAUUGGGACACAAGGCGAAUCUGGCUGCGGCCAGGCAUUGAACAUUCAUCCAACCCGUUUUCUUAACAUUUUUGUUUGUCAGAAAUGCUCUAACUCUUUUUACCCUGCCGACACUGAGGCCGGUUUGUUUUGGAGCUUAACAGCAUAUGCCUAAUUUUGUAAGUUUAAUUGCAUGCUGUGUGGCCCUCCUGGGGGUAAAAUAAUGUACCCCCUCCCCUCCCAAAUGUUUGGGGAAAACAAAAGCCUUAUUCUUCCAGCCUCUCAUUCAUGUGGUAAGGAAGGUGCUCCGGACGGCGGCGAAUCUUCAGUAAGACAGGCUCACUCAAGUCAAGCUCCAACUGAGCCAAGCCAGAGUCAGGCUUCAGGCCAGAAUCUCCCCAGUGUUGAGAAUGCAGCCACCAGCAACCAGGAAAGUUUCAAGGAAAGGUUCAAGAGGAUGGUGAGCUUCCAGUGCCGGGAAAAUACUGGCCGCACUUCCAAAACCAUUGAAUGGCUCUUUCCACAGCCUUUCAUCUCUGAGAAGCAGUUCCAAUUCUGCGGACACAUUCUAAACAUCGCUCGACACUUUGGUGGCAAUUUGGGAUUCUCCGCCACUGUGUGGGAAGCUGCCCUGGUUCUUUGUCAGUACUUUGAACAAGAGAAGAUAAGUUUUACUGGGAGGAAGGUGAUUGAACUAGGGUCUGGAACUGGAAUUGUGGGUAUUCUAGCUGUUCUGUUGGGUGGAGAUGUUACCAUGACAGACAAAGAGAAUGUGUUGAGCCAGAUAGAACAUAAUGUCUCUGUCAACAUACCCGCAGACUGUAGGCAUCGUUCAAAGGUCUGCGCACUUUCCUGGGGUAAGGACCAUAUCAACUUUCCAACUGACUACGAUUUCAUCCUGGGUGCGGAUAUUGUGUACACCUCCCUCGUCUACCCAUUGCUGUUAAAGACUCUGCUGCAUCUCAGCUAUGGACCGACCAUCAUUUACCUCUCUACCAAAUUACGCAGAGGGAACCACUCCACUUCUUUCCAUGAGGAGGUUUUGCCUAAGCAUUUUAACUGUGAACUUGUCCACAGAGUGGAGGAUAAAAAUAUCAGUGUGUACAAGAUUAGCAAGUUGAAUCCAGUGAAGAAAGAUGACCCUUUGAUGUAGAAUCAGAGAACUGUACAGCACAGAAAUUAUAGGAACUGCAGAUGCUGGAGAAUCAAAGAUAACAAGGUAUAGAGCUGGAUGAACACAGCAGGCUCCUAA